AUGAAGGAAUCCGUUAUGUCUGUCUCCUCACUUGUUGGAGCUUUUGAUGACAUCGUUCGCUCCACUUCAGUCCUCGCCGAAGGAAUUGAAGGAGGUUUGUGAUCCGAUUCUUCGCUCGUUGUUCGAUCAUUGGUAGAUCAUAUUGUCCAUGCCAUAGUGUUGCUUGAUUUGUCAGCAGUUAAAAGCUUUUCGAAAUUAUGAACGUUACUUCGACUUUUUUCUUCCGUUAAUCAGCUCAGUUCUGAAAUCUAAUAAGCAUUAUUCAGGAAUAAGUUACAUGCAAAAGCAAGCAACGUGCAAAGCUCUCAGUUCUUGAGUUCAGUUCUUGAGUUGACUUAAGCUUAUAAGAACAUUUAAAUAAAUAAUUUUACUCUAUCCUAGAAUUCAUUAAGUUCGUCACACAACAAGAAGAAUGUCGGAAGAAGUGGCUUUCUGCCGAGAAUGAAGCUAUCCGACUAAAGCAAGAGAUCGCAAAACUCCAGGUAACAUGUUGGACGUUUUGUAAUUAUUAAUAAACGAAUAAUCCUAGCCUUUGGUGGGCUCUUUCAUGUAACUUUCUGUUCCGGGACGUGAGCUCAAGUUUUAACAAUUUAACAAUAUUUUUCAGGCUGAAAAUGAAGCACUUGAAGUUAAGUUGAAGCACGCAAGGUUGGUAGAUAAAUGUUAUAACAAAAUAACAAAACUUUGACUUAAGAAGUUGAAAGAAAAACGCAUGUUUUGAGUUUAGAAAAAAUUCUAACUUCAGAAACCAGAAAAGCAGUCAAACAUUCAUAUUAAACGCUGUAGUAGUCAUACAGCACUACAGAGAUUUAUAUCAUAAAUGAUGAUAGUCAAACAGCAGAAGAUGCAAUACCAUAUGUUGUAUUUUACGGUUGGUUUUACAUUAUAAGUUUAUCUUUGCUUUUCAGGAGCCAAGUUGAAAUAGAAAUCAAGAAGAGGAUGAAAGCUGAAGCAACUCAAGACCACUUGGUAGGCAUUUACAAAAAUUAAUAUCAUAAAAUGUACAGGCCCCAAUGGUUGAUAAGGUGGAUAACUUUAUCCAUUGGAUGACAUCUAUAUCCAGUCAAAAUGUAUAUUGGUAAUACUUAUGUGCUGGAUAGUGAUUUAUUCCGUAGAUAGUGCUAUGUAAUGUAUGAACAAUGGGUGCCAUAAAAUAGUUACUGUAUUCUUUUCCGAAAGGGCAUGUAUCUGGCUAAGUCACCAUUUUGGUCGGACAAAAUAAAAAUGUGCUUGAGAUCAAUUAAUAAUCAAUGCAUUUCGUUUCCUAAAGACAGAAAAAUUACAUCAUGUAUGACAGGUACAGGAAGUGUAGGUUGACUGAUUACUUCCAUACCUUCACACAGCAUGCAAAGAAAGUUACAAGUGUCCAAUAGCCCAGGGCUAGUGGAUUUUGCUAUUGGGUUAGUGAAUUCUGUUCUUAGCUUCAGUGCCCAACUGGCAAGUGAAGUAUUUUUGGGAAUUCAACUUACAGAACAACUGUUAUCAAAAUCUUUUUUUUUUUUAGUUAAAAUGACUUUUGAGCUAGUACAUGCUAAUUACAAAUGGCAGGCAAGCUGUAAAACUGACUUUCUUUGCACCCUGCAUCACAGCAACAAUAUUAUUUUGUUUUUGUACUUCAAUUUACAUUUGCUCAAGAUAGAUUUUAUUUAUCUGCAAAAUGAUAGUGUGGUAUUAACUUUUUGUGGACAUCAUAUCCAACCACAGUUAAGAUUUUAACGUCUGAAAUUGACCAAUUUUAUUCUGCCCCCUUGCCUAGUCCCAUCCAUUUGUCUGGAACAAGUAGAUUUUUGUGCUGGACAAGGACCUUUUUAAGCUCACAAGCAAAAUGUGCUGGAAUUCAAGGUUCAUAGUCGUGCUGUGAGAUGCACACCACAUCAAACGUGGAGUUAGUCCCUGCUUAUGUAAGAUCGAAACAACUGUGUUGCAGAGAGGGACUGUUGUUUUUGUUAGUGUCAAGUGACUAUUAAAUUAUUGUUGUUUCAUGUCAUGUUACAGGAGAGACAAGUAGCAUUGAUCCGCGAACUGUUAAGUGACAAGGACACCAUGAGCAGGUUAAAUGACAAUGAAAGACAGACGCUAAUGCAACUGAGCCAGUGUCACCAUGAUGAUAUGACCAGUCCAAGGAAAAGGUAUGAAAGCGUUAUUACAUGGUGGCACGGAGAUACAAAAUUUCUCUUCGAGUGUUGAAAAAUAUUUCACGAGUGAGCGCAGCAAACGAGUGAAAUAUUUCUUCAACACGAGAAGAGAGAUUUCGUAUCUCCAAGCAGCCAUGUAAUGUUCUAUUCAUUAUAUAAACACCAAUGAACUACCAAACAAUUUCACUUUAAUAGUUUUUUGGUGUGAAGGGCCCAAUUUAUUUUUUUGUCAUAGCAGUGGUGAUAUUCUCACAUGUGAAGAUAACAUGUUAUUUUCACAUGUGAAGAUAUCAAGUUUUCGUGCGAAAGCUCACCUGGUAUUUCAUUGGUGUUUAUAUAAUAAAAAUACUUAUGAAAUGCAAUGGCUCAUUCAAAAUGUUUUUUUUCUAUGGUAAGCAGGAUAACAGGGUGCAAAAAGUCAGUAGCUUGCAUAUAUUAAGUGUUUUGACUGGGCUGUGUAACAUUGCCUCCCCCACAUUUGUUGAUGAGAAAAGCAAUUUUCCCAAGUAGUUUGUUUCGAGACUUUUGUGCUGUAUCAUGGACAGAUUUUUUCCCCUGUUUCUGCCAGUAACUGGUGCCUCAACAAAUUAUCGUUGUUAGAAUCCUUUCAUGAAUGCAGUCAUGGGUCAUAGAUUUUCACAGAGUGAUGCAGUACGAACCUGCAAUAAGUUAAACACCUCUUGCAGAGCUGUCAUUAAAGAUCAUAACCUGUUGCAUUUGUUAAGGCUGAGAUCACUUUGUUACUGGUGAUCAAAGAGGAAAGCUUUAAUGUGAAACUAUAAAUUUUUGUGACAUGUUAAAGGUGAAUACCGGUAUUCAUUUACUAAGACUCCUUCUAAACUUAAUGACAGUCCUGUCUUGGGUUAAUUUAUUGGCCAAAUAAGGGCAGUAUUACUGCCUAAAUUUAUAAAGACCACUAAUUACCAGAAAGCCAUUUCAAAGGGUUGCUGAAAAUUAGUGGUUUUUAUCAGAGCCUAAGUUUGUAUAUAAAGGUCAUUACUGUAACAAAAAUGUGAUGAGUAGUUGUCAUAUUGUCAUCAGGCGCUUAAGUGUUCAGGAUGAAUCCACUGGAUCUAUCUUAUCUCCAUCAGAUAUCAGUUACGACAACACAGAGGAUGACUUGGUAGGGUUUGCUAAUAGAAGUAAACAGUCAAUUCUUGUCUUGCGGAUACUUUGCUAUAACGGACACCCCAAUAAUAAACUAGACAUUAAUCCCCUGCAAAAAAUAAAUAAUAAGAAGAAAACAGAUGUUUGAUAUAAAUAAAUCCUCUCUAUUAUGGACCUUUGCUGUUAAAGAUACGAACUCAUGGUCUUGAGGGUGUCCAAAAUAGGCAGAUCUAGCAAAGACAACAUAAUGAUAGUGACGAUUGCACACGCAGAUCUAAAAACCGAUUUUAACCAAUGGCUGAACAUCAGAUUGAGAACUGGAAAAUACCUUUGAUUUUCCAAUGUUUUGAAUUUCAUUUUACCUUGCAUUGAACCCAUAUAUUUUUGUUAAGUAACACUUAAAUUGCCUUUUAUUAGUUACAUGUGAUAGGCCCAAUGCAUGAACACCAAACUAAAAACAUUUACAUGCUUUUAUUUUACUAGGAUGUCUCUCAACCCAAGAGAGUUUCAAUACACAGAAAGGUACAGAAUACAUUAGAAUUCAGCCUUUUAGUAAAUAAAAAAUAAUUAUUUUGUUUUAUUUAUUACAUUGUGUGUGUUAUAAAAAUACCAGGAGACAUGGGGCCCUGAUUCAGCUGUUGAAAAAUAAUAUCUGCUGUUUGACAUGGCAGUGAAUUAGGGGUAUGUAGUUAACAGAUACCAUAUGUUGAUGAAAACACAGUUUAUUUAGGCUGUAAUCAUAGUUAGUUAUAGAGUUGAAUGCAAUUUUUUAUUGUUAACGUGAGGAAAUUACAUGGUUAACCACUUACAUAUACUGUAGUAACACUAACAAAAUAUUGUAUAAUUUUUUUCCUUAAAUUUGCAGCCUCCUCCUACAGCUCCAGAGCUUGAUGUAAGUUGCACCCAGUGAAGUUAUAAUUGGUGUUAAUUUGAUAGGCAGUAAUCUAACAUUUUAAAAGUACUGUGUUCGUUCCCAGUAAUUAUGUAACUAUGACAUUCAACAAAAAUUCAUCCAGCUUCGCAGAUGUAAUCUAACCCCAGUUUGUAUGUCUGCAAGCAGCCCUGCUAUGGCUGUUCUGAAGCCCCAACAGUCUCAUCGAAUUACCAGAAAUGCAUUUAGAAAUUUCCAGUCAACCUGAUUGCCAAAUCAACAAUGGCUUUUUUAACAGGCCAAUCAUGGCACGUACUCAAAUCCUAGUACACAGGUGGGGGCCUAGAAUACAAGGAUUUUGAAACUGUUUCACAGAUGAACUUAACCUUCUGGGCCCAGUUGUUCGAUGGCCGAUUAGCACUUAACCCAGGAUUAAAUUUAACCCCGGUUUCUUUUUCUUGUGUUCCAAAGCAUUUUCUUGGAUAAUUUCCUCUGUUAUUUUUAAAGCUUUCAAUAAUCAACUUGUAGACAAAAAGGAUUAAAACUGAAAUGAUUUUUAAGCUUUCAUAUUUGAAUUCAAAUCUUGCACUAACCCUGGGUUAUCUUAACCCAGCUUUGAACAACUCAGCCCUGUUGGGUGGGCUGUCUUGAAAUGUGCAGUUUAUACAAUAUUUCCUCAAAUCAGUGAGUGCCUGUGCAGCCAAAAAAGUGAGUAUUCCAUCAUGAGCAAAUCCUAACUUCCAUUAGUUGGAAUCAUUUGCAUACAUUUUUUUCAGUGGAGAAAAUUAAUCCAAGUUUUUUUUGUUAUUCUUAUUUAUUAUACUUUAUUUAUUUUUCACUUUAUUUCUCUCAGGUUACUCCUCCUAAAAGGCCAAGAAAGGAUGAGGUAGUUCUUUUUUCUAAGAAAAUGAUAUUAAAAUAAGAAAUUGUUGCAAUUUGUAAAGUACAAACUUCUGUUCAUUUUAUGGUUAUUCUAUGUUAAAAAAUUUCACAUACCCCAGUGUUCUUACCAGACUGCAGCAUUGCCACACUUUUUCAAGAAAAUACUGCACUAAAAUUAGCCUAAGUGCACAAAGAAGAAAAAACCUAUUACAAAAUGCACGUAACUGAACAUACACUUAGGUACAUUUCCUUAUGAUAUAAGCCAAAAUUUCAUUAGAAAACACCCACUUUGUUGAAUUAGUGGUAAAUGUAUCUAAAAAUUGCGACCUGCUUUUCUCCCCCAUUGCCCCCUUUAGCAGGUCCUGUGGACCCCAGGAUAGAAAAUCCUGUUAAGAACACCGUUGACUGGUGCAUGUUUCUCGUUGGUGAUUGUUUUGCUUGUUUACCACUGAUCCUUUUUGUUAGUUUGUAUUUAUGACGUAGAUAGGUCCAGUUGAGGGAUGAUUUUGUCUAUGACUAACAUGACUUAAUAAGUUUUAAAUUACUCAAUAGAUAUAUUCUUAAUUUUGAUUUUUCAAUUUGUGAAAUACAGCAUGAUGCUCCAGUGAUUGUACAACCACUUAUUCCAAGCAGUCCAGUCCAUUUUCCAGCUUAUCCAAGUCAACAGACCUAUGUGCAACCAUCCGCUCCAGGUACCCUUUUUAAUCCUUGAACUGAAAUUUUAUUCUCCACGCAACUGCCGUUUAAAUUAAAAACAAUUCUGCAAGAAUUUCAAGCCCUGAUACUUACAGUUCUAAUGCCAUUAACUCAAAACUGCACCAAGUGCUAAGACUGUUAAAAUAGUUCCUAUCUUUCUACACACUUGUCAGGAUUUAUAUUUAAGUACAGGGCUCAAAAUAACGGUCAUUUUUGGAUGCGAACAUUUUAUAAUAUUUUCCAUAUAAUUGUCGCUUAAUGCGUUUUGCUAGAUAUAACAUUGUUUGUCCAGGCUAAAAAGUAUUUGGCCCAUCAUCAUGACUGGCGACCUGCUGUCCGUUAUUUUGAGCCCUGAAGUAAGCUCAAAAUUGCUAGCCUGCGUGCAGGUGUCUCCUAUUUCCUUUGAAAAGGCGACGUCUGCACACAGGCUAAAAAAACUGCCGGAUCGAUUUCAAAAUUUGAGGAGCUUGUCAAAUGUCUGUGGUGAUAAGAAGAGAAGCUGCCAGUGUGUUUCGUUGUUUGCCGUCCCACUUCCUCAUCAUAACAAAUCAUGUUAUCUUUCCAGUUGAUAUAAAUUACCGAGACCCAUACAGGCAUGCCAUAAGAGAGCUUGAGAGGUACACCAGCCCAAAGAAGGAAACUCCACAAAUGCAGAGGUAACUUGUCACUUUUUGUAUUCUAGUAAUUAUUAUACAUCUCUGUCCAACUUACUCUAGCCUGUUCACAGACCCUCUAUUUUCUCUUCAAAGUCCAUCGGGCGCGGGUGAUAAAAUAUAAACCGCAGGACAAGGGGGUAGUGGUGGGGGAAGAAAUUUUCUUUCUCACGCUCCGCGCUCGUUCUCGCGCACUCGCUUCGCUUGCGAGUUCGCCGAUGUUUUUGAAAAGGACGAAAAUAAAAUAAAACGUCUGUGUACAGGCUAACUUACUCAGCUCUGCUUACCAGAGUCCUUUUCCGAAAAUAUUAGCAAAAUAACCAAUAAACACGAGGUCCAAUCAGAAGGAUGCAGCGUUUAUUCGAAGAUUACAUGACUGUUUACUUCCUGUUUUACAAGAUUCGAAUGAUUUACCGUCAUUGUUGUCAGUGAUUUAAGAAAUGUGAUUUUGAAAGACAAGGCGCCCUCGAAUAAACACCGCAUAAGAAACGUUGAAAAUUAAAUAAGCGCCGCAGUGUUUAAUCGAAUAAAGAAGGUACUGAUUCAAUAGAAAUGAACCGCAUCUAUGCCUUUUUUCAUGGCUCUGAAGCUCACCCUUGCGCUUUCCCACCACAAUUUUCACCAGCCAGUUUGCAUCUGGCAGUUUUAUUGUAGCUCAAUGAAGAAAGCAUUUGUGGUGAAGCCGCUGGAGAAACUUCCCCUGUCCCCUUCCCCUCCCCGGACCCUUUUCUCUUAUUAGAGAGUUUAAGCAUCACGUUCACGGCAAACGGAAAAGUCAGAUUCACGUUGAGAAUUUCUCAAAAUAGAAAAUGAGAGCCUACGUGUAGCCGCGCCCUCCCCCCGACAAAGGAAAAAUGGAUAGAGGGAGCUCCCUCUCUCCCUUUUUCUUUUGUCGCGGAGAGGGUGUGGCUACACAUAGGCUACAAUUCUUACGGAUAAAAAAUUGCGUGAAAUUACUAAUUUAUGUGUAGAAAUAAUAAACAGUAAAAAACGACAAGUAAAGAGGAAACUUGGUCUCGUGGUACAGAUUCGCGUUUGCGGCUUGGCGUAAACGAUGCUAAGCCUCUCUAUUACGGCUCGUUUUCACGGCGAAUUCUUCACAACAACCCAGUGAAACUGCUUCCUAGAUUUACUUGUGAUACUCAAGUUGGCAGUUAGCUAUGCCUGCACAUAAAGUUAUUAGAGUGGUACUGUUGGGCUGAUGAUUAAUAAAUAAACUGUUAUAUUUUUUCAGAAUUAUUUCACAAAGUGGCAGCAUAGGACCAGCUAAAAAAGACAAAGUAAGUACCUUCAUAAAAAUUUGAAAAUUAUCGUUUCACAUUCCAUUUCAAAAUAAUGUAAACCCAGAGCUCAAAAUAAUUUGACACUGUUGCCUAACGUGAUUACCGGCCAAGAAAUUUUAGCUCGGUCACUACUAGCCUAAUAAGCAAGCAAAAACAUGAAGUGAAAAAAGAUACUUGUUCUCUCGAAACGUANAAAUUAUCGUUUCACAUUCCAUUUCAAAAUAAUGUAAACCCAGAGCUCAAAAUAAUUUGACACUGUUGCCUAACGUGAUUACCGGCCAAGAAAUUUUAGCUCGGUCACUACUAGCCUAAUAAGCAAGCAAAAACAUGAAGUGAAAAAAGAUACUUGUUCUCUCGAAACGUAAUAGUGUGAAUUUUUUUUCUGGUCGGUUAUUUACGUAUCUGUUAAAAUGUACCCUGGGUGCCAGAGGCUUUUUAUGCGCGGUUUCCGCUUUCGGUCAAGUCUUAAAAAGUGAGUGGCUUCGCCGCUCGUGUCUUCGGCCUUUGGCCGAACACGUGUCGGCCUGCGGCCGACAAAACGAAGCUCCCCGUCGCACACGAGAAAAAACCUCUGGUACCCAGGGUAGUCAAAAUGAUGGGCAAACCGAAACUUUGUCCGGACCAAUGGUAAUCCUGACCGGACAUUGUCCGUUGACCGGUUGUUAUUUUGAGCCGUGAAACCCACACUGAGACCGAUGAAUUUGUCCCCUUUUACUGAAACUGAUCUACACAUGUCUUAUAAACAUAAACAUACGAAUUGUCAAAACGCCAACACUAAUUGUACCGUUAAUAAAGGAUAACGACUUGUCAAAGAAGCUUCGCGAUUAGCGCCAUUGGUACGAUUGGUAUGCCAUUGGUAACUGCAAGCUGAUAGCGACACGGGCAUCCCGAACAAACACGCAAUGAAUGAAUGAUUGGUCGAUUGCGAUUGGUCUCAUUGGUUUUACGAAGUCAGGGUCGGUUUACACUAGAAAAUAUUUUUUGCGGAUUCGUGACGAAUCUGGCGCUUGGAACUGUAAUUACGUAAUUGACCAAUCAGAUCAAUAACCAGAGUAUAAUACCAUCAACUGACGUGAUACAACUCACUUUGACUCUGAAGAUGACUACCUCGCGGGUUGUCGAAACGUCAGUCACUGUCAACAACAACAGUCCUAUUCAGGACUACGUUCACCCAGACGAUCAAACUCAACCUACUUUUGAAAUGACCCCUGGGUUCAAACCUUUCACAGUCAUUAAACUUUGUUGUUCCUCCCCCUAUAGCCUCUGUUAUGCUGUCAUCAUACACCACUCAUCAUAAGAUUAUCAUCAUACAAAUACCGUACAAAAUUGAAGUAUAAACGUUGUUUAUCAUUAUCUUUUUUUAGAAACAUGCAUUCGUCUCCAAAACUGUAAUCAAGCCUGAGAGCUGCCAGCCGGUAAGUAAGAUUUGAACACCCCUCUCCCCCAUUUUAAACUUCUCAUAAGCAUUUUUUGCUUGAUUUUUGAAGUUUAUCUUGCUUCGCUGCGUUUAAUUUGUUUACUGUAUUGUCUCUACAGUGUAACAAGAGGAUAAAGUUUGGAAAACUAGCCUUGAAGUGCAAAGGUAAUUACAGCAGUCAAUUUAUGGUUGAAUUGGCGUAGUGAAGGAGGCAAAUUAUUAAAUGUUAGAAGUUUUAUCAUUUUGCGAGUGGCAGAGGGCUUAACCUCCUUAGAAAAACAAAACCGUGUUGUUAACUUUUCUGGUGAAUAAAGAAUAAUGCCAGUCUUUUUCGGGGUGCAUUGUUUUGAGAAUACGGGAAAAAAACUUAUGUCAAAUCUUGUCCUCGUCUAUAGGACGCUGUUGUUAAUGGCCUUAAAGCUUCGUGCUUUUCUUUGCAGAUUGUCGUGCUGUGUGCCACCCUGACUGUAAAGAUCAGCUUCCGCUUCCUUGUGUGCCCUCUAAUGACACUCCAGGAUCUGGCAGACGUCGCCCAGUAAGCGCGAGACAUCUUUAUACACACCUUACAUUCAGUCACAUGUCCAUGUCGGUUUUGUUGUUCUGACGACUGUGUCUUUGUUUUGUUAGGAUGAAAACAUCGAGUUCUUUGCUCCCACUACGAGUCCUAUGGUGCCAGAGAUUGUUGUACGUAUUUUA